CCAAACUGCAGCAAUCAACUGCCUCCUGUCGAUGCCAAGCGACACCAAGCCGCUACGGUCCGCGCAGGCACAAGAAAGUGUGGCCGACGCGGUCGUCGUUGCGGUGCCAGCAGUGCCCGCGACGCUGCCAGCCGUCGUCACCUUCGACGUGCAAGCCACCGAUGAGAACCUGGUGCGCUGAAGCAGCAGGGCCGUGGGCGGAGACAGUCACCCCCCCUCCGAUAGCCGCGCUUAUCCCCCCCCCCCCCCUGUCCUGUCGCGCCCUCACCUGCCCACAGGGCAAAUGGCGCGGCGGCAACCUGUGCGACUGCUGCCUCGACUGCGCCGUCUGCUGCUCUGUCAUGUACUGCCCGUUUGUCGGCGUGGCGCAGCUGGCGCAGCGGUACUCGCCGAUGCGCGGCGGCGAGAAGGUCCAAAAGUGCAAGGUGAUCGCCGUGAUCCUCUUCGUGCUGUUUGUGUGCACCAGCAUCUUCAGCAAGAUCUACUGGGAGAACUACAUCGCUGCCAUUCAAGAGUUCAUGCAGUCCGAGCACGAGAUCCGCGGCUUCUACGUCGGCCCGACCUACGAGGACGUCCAGCAACUCCAAGCCGAAGAACACGCGCUCUGGCCCUACAAAGCGCUCGCGGGUGCCUUCUCCGCCGCCUUCUCUCUCCUGACCUGCUUCCUCCUCCUCGGCGUUCGCGCGAGGAUCCGCCGGCAGCAGCGCAUCCCGCCCUCCUGCUGCGGCGAGGCGAUGGACGACUGCUGCCUCGCCUUUUGCUGCACCCCCUGCGAGACCUGCCGCAUCAUGCGCCACGCCCUCGCCACGGCCACCCCGGCCAACCAGCCACCCGCCGUCUACGAGUUUUGCUCGCCCGAGGCGACCACGCUCGGCGAGGGCGGCGACGCGAUGCCGAUGCCCCCCUCGUACCCUCUGGCCGCGAACGCGCCGAUCGUACAGGCCGUCUGAUCGCGCCUCGCGCAAGAGAGCUCUCCUCUCGGAGUGUACUCCCCGGGGGAGGGUUGGAGGGCUGUGAGCGAAGUGCGAGCCGAUCUCAGCACUCAGGCUCCAAAACGCCCUCGCUCCCGUCUCGUUGCCACAUUGGCCCGGCGUUUGCUUUCUUAAUUCUUAUAAUAUAACUUCUUUUGUUUGCCUGUGUUAGUGCUAGCACGCGUCAGUCCGCACACCUGUGUGUCGAGCCUGUCUGCUGUGAGUGAGAGUUGUGUUUUUCUCUUAAAUUCUUAAUUCU